AUGGAGGGUGGGGGACUUUGCUCAUUAGCGGUGGUCUCUUUUCCCAAUUUCCACUCAUCACUCUCGAAAUCAGGCCCGAACGGCGAACCUGGCUUAGCGCUUCGAGAUCAGCCGCCCCUGCAGAUGGAUUCCUCUAGCCUUCAUCUUUUAUCAUUACCCGCUGAAAUUCUUGAGGCUGUCAUUGAUGAGGCUUGUUCAUCUGCGGCUGACCUUUGCCGUCUUGGCCUUGUGUGCCGCGGUCUUUAUUCGUUCAUCACACCUAAUCUGUACAGAUCUGUUAGCUUAGUGGGCUAUGAAAGUGCCAAGAAAUUCUCAUGGGCAAUCUCCCAGCGUCUGGAAUUAGCACCCCUGGUGCGGGAGCUACAAAUUCAUUCACAUGCCACGGAUGAGGUUGAGGACGAAAAUUGUUCCGAGGACUUUGAUUCAACAAUUACACAGCUAAUAAAUCUGGGCUCAUUGGCAUUGCGAACUGAUUUUUUCAACCGCUCCAAAGCCCAGAAGAUCGGUGUCCUUUGUCGGCCGCAUGAAGUUCUCCCCGCACUUCGUCACAUCAACCUCGGCUUUGACUACCGCCGCGACUAUGAAUGGUCUCUGACACCAUACGAAUUACUCUUCUACCACCCUGACCUAACCACAGUCAGCAUCACGGGUGCUGCAGUAUCGGCGAAAUGGGAUUAUCCAGAUAUACAUCCCCCUGCGCUGCGGUCCACGAACUUAGAGGAGCUAGAGCUGCUGAACUGCAAUAUCUCAAGCCAGGAGCUAGAACUGAUGUUGCGAUAUCCACGUGCGUUGAAAAGGUUUACACUCAAAGGGGAACCCACCGAGUCGAAAUACGGAUUCCGAUGCGAGAGUGACCGAGGCAAAUACAUUGACGUUCUCCAGGCUCAUUCAUCCUCUCUCCAGCGCCUGGAUCUGGAUUUGUAUCAUGACUGGGACGAGGAAGUCGAUCUGACCCCUUUCACGGCUCUUCAGAGUCUCACUAUCACGCCCAGAAUGCUGUUGACCCCUGGCGCUGGGGAGAAUUGCUUCCCCCAAGUCUAG